AUGAAUGGGACUUACCCAGAGGCUUCAGCUCUUGACGCUGUCGACUACGAUGCUAUAGACCACCUCAAUCUUCUCUUCUCGCACCCAUCCGCCAUAUCGUCUAUAAGUGAAGUGUCCAAAUCACUGCAGAGCCACCAAAGUGCGCUUUCGAACGACAUAGCCACCCUCGAGACGAACCAGGCUUAUGGAUCCGACUCGAGCCUCGAGCGUAUGCAGUCGGCGCAAGCUGAGCUAGCACAGCUAUUUCGAAAGAUCGAGACGGUGCGCUCGAGAGCGAUUGAGACCGAGCAGAACAUCACGUCGAUGACGGCCGACAUAAAGAGACUCGAUGGAACGAAGAAGAACCUCACGCUGAGCAUGACGGCCCUCAAGAGGCUGCAGAUGCUGACAACGGCUUAUGAGCAGCUCAGGGGCUUGGCCAAGACACGCCAGUAUAGGGAGUGUGCAGGGCUCUUGCAGGCUGUUCUGCAGCUCAUGAAACACUUCAACAGCUAUCGCAGUAUCGAGCAGAUCGCGACUCUGAGCAGAGGUGUGGCCGAGCUGCAAAGAGAACUACUAGAACAGGUCUGCGAAGACUUUGAAAUGGCAUUUGCUAAAGGAGAAGUCGGCGCGCGAAGAGGCACACUUGUUGAAGCAUGCCUAGUCAUGGAUGCACUUGGAGAGUCUGCCAAGGCUCGGCUCAUGAAUUGGUACGUCAAUACAGAGCUUCGAGAAUACAGACAGGUGUUCCGCGGUAACGACGAGGCUGGAAGUCUGGACAACAUUGGGCGGCGAUAUGCCUGGUUCAAACGAAUGAUGAAGACUCACGAUGACGAACACGCUGUGAUAUUUCCUCCACACUGGAGGGCUAAUGAGACAUUGGCAGCAGCUUUCUGCGACGGUACUCGAGAUGAUUUCAAGGGCAUCCUGGAACGAAGCAUGCGACGGACAGACGGUAACAAGAUCGAUGUCAAUCUGUUGUUGAGUUGCCUUCAAGAGACUCUCGACUUUGAGCAGAGCCUCGAGAAGCGAUUCGCGACUUCAUCGAGGGCCAGCAUCGAUACGCUCAGCUCUGUUGAGGAAAAGGCCCAUAGUUUCCACGGAUUGAUCUCAGUCGCAUUCGAACCAUACUUGAGUUUGUGGGUUGAGUCGCAAGAUAGACAAUUGGCAGUCAUGAUACCCAAGUACCGCAGCCAACCGCUCAUACCGCCUGACGACGAGUUCUCACCACAAGCCGUUAUUGCCUCGGCCAUUGAGUUAUUUCAUUUUUACAAACUCACGUUGUCACAAUGCGCGAAACUAUCUACGAGUGAGCGUCUUCUUGAUUUGGCAAAGAUACUGGCCAAGUAUCUCGAUGAAUAUGCCCAGCAGGUCUUGCUACACAUAUUACAGUCUGGUGGACCUCAAGGGCCUCCAUUACAGGAUGUUGUGCUUGUGUUGAAUACAGCAGACUUUUGGCACAUCAACACUAAUCAGCUGGAGGAAAGCAUCAAGAAACGCAUUGACAGUGAGCUUGUUUCUAAGGUCGACUUGUCUUCACAAUCGGAUGCCUUUCUUGGUGUAGCGAGUGCUUCUGUUCUAGCUCUCGUUCGCGCGGUCGAGCUUGACUGUGAAGGCGUCUGGCGCGAGAUGAAGAAUACCAAUUGGAGCACAAUGGAGAGCGUUGGUGACCAGAGCUCAUAUGUGGGAGAGCUGGUAAAACAUGCUGAUGGCAAGGCAGCCGAGAUAUUGGCUAUUAUCUCGAAGCAACAGUACGCCAGGGCCUUCUGCGAUAACUUAGUGGAGCACUUGGCCACAGGGUACAUUACUAGCAUUAUUCAAUGCCGACCGAUAUCCGAAGUUGGUGCCGAGCAGAUGUUACUUGACAAAUAUGUUCUCACCAAAGCCUUCGAGAAGUUACCUAUGCAUCAUGCAUCAUUCUCUGGGCAUGAAACUCCCCCUUCCAGUUUUGUGCGCAGAGUUCAGCAUUGCAUGAACAGACUUGAUCCAUUGCUCAAGACACUUCAAGUUCGGCCAUCACCGCCGGAAGGUUUGGUGCAGGCGUAUUUGAUUCAUAUUGCGGAUCGGUCUGAUACAAACUUCAAGAAGAUCCUCGAUCUCAAGGGCGUUCGGAAAGCGGACCAUGCUCAUCUGAUAGAGCUCUUUGGCAUUCACCGCGACAGCACUCCCAACGAUAAAUUGGUAGCCAGCUCGCCAUUGCUCACACCUCUCAUGACUACCCCAAGCCUGGGUAACACAGUCCCGCUUGGAGUGAUGAGCCCAUCAGUCGCAGCGGCUGUUAGCCCGCGGUUCGAAGCAGGAUCACUAGGUGAGAAGCUUCUAAGUGCGGCAAGAGACAUCAGUCAGAGUAGCACGAGCACUGCAGCACAGACGGGACUCGAGAAGGCCACGAUAAAUGAGAACUUGCGGAACUUUGGCAAGUUCUUCAAGAGAGAUAUUGGAUCGUUAGGAGCGAGGUUUGGAAAGCGAGACGGCAGUGUUGGUGCUGAGGAGGCACGAUAG